AUGGCGCGCACGACCACACCACGGAAUAGUAACCGCGGCGGCGUGGCUGAGGCAACCACUGUGCAGACCUCCCCCCCAUCGGCCACUCGUCUCGAUCGACGACAGGUGUCGCCGCCCAGCGACAACAGCAUCGCCGAGCAGCUGACCACGCCGACGAGGAAACGAUCUACGCCUGCAGCUCGGAGAACGAACGGCACCGCCAGUGUCGGCGUAUACGAUGCGCCGGGCGAUGAUGGACGCGACGUCUUUGAAAACUCGCGCAAGACCGACGAACGUUACCUAUCCGUGGCAACUGCCCACAAGCCCAAUGGCAGUCGAUCGAGUCGGAAGCGGAAAGCCACAUCGGCCGAGCCUCCCGUCACAACAAACUUGGACGAAGAAAUCGACGACCGAGGGGAAGACGGCAUGCACGCGAAUGGCCACGGAGAUGACGGCGAAGAGAAGGACUCGGACGAUGGCCCCGCGCAUUCUCUGUCUGUGGCUGCAGAGACAGCAUUAGACUCUGCCAUAGACGAUGAGCCGCGCGUGGCAGGACCCGUCGAGACGCCAAGGAAGCGUGGACGGCCACCCAAGGCCCGCUUUGCCGACCGAUUCGAUUCGCCCGGCCGCUCUGUCGAGCAAACUCCCACGAGCAAACGGCGCCGUACAGGCGAUGCAUUUGCGACGCCCACCAAAUCGACGCCAACCAAGGCGGCUCGUGGCAGUGUUGCCCAGACUCCAAACACGCGGCGAACACUGGCAGACCGGUCGGCACGAAAGAAGAGCACACGUGCGCUUAUUGACCGCAUGGUGGCUGGAGCUGACGACGAUGACGAGGACGAAGCAGCUCUAAACGACGCCAUCCUUGAUGCAGACGACGAAGACGGUGAAGACGACGAGGAUCCAGAGGCUGCCGCAGAACCGGCUGCUUUCGAGCUAGGACAGGACCCCCCUGCCGUUCUCGAAGCCCACGAGGCAGCCCUUGACGCCCCAACACCGAGAAAACGCGGCAGACCACCAAAGGCCAAAGGCGCUGCAACCCCCGCAAAGGCGGCUCCUGCUGUUCCAGGUGCUAAUGGACAACCUGCCAAGCGGGGUCGUGGACGGCCGCGCAAAACGGAUACCGGUCCGUCCACCUCUACGGCUGCAGCACGAGACACCACGCCACCGCGCGACCUGCCGGCCCACGAGCACUACUUCUUCCAGAACCGCGCCGGUGCCGGCAUCAAGACGUCCAACAACACACUGGCUGCGCUGCGUCUUCUGACAUACGACGAGUAUUUUCGGCUGCGCGACGGCGGCGCGGACAACAUUGUCAACCGCCACGAAAAGCAAAUCGGCUACCUCGAAGAGCUGCAUUCGCAGUCGUUUGCACAGUGGGCGUUUGAGCUCUCGCAAGGGUUUAGUGUGUGUUUGUACGGGUACGGCUCGAAGCAGCGCGUACUGCGCGCAUUUGCGACAGCGCUGCACAAGGGCAUCCGCGACCACGACGCCCACAAGAUUGUCAUGGUGAACACAAGCACAGCCGGGGCGGCGGCCGCUGCGCCCUCGACCACAGGAGGUAGCAUGGGUAUGACCGCGUCCGCCGCCGCCUCCACGCUGCGGGACAUUAUGCUUGUCGUGGCCGCGGCCGCCGCCGGCGUGGCGUCCACAAAUGGGAAAGACGCCGCACAUACAGCAGCACCAAAGUUGCCCUCCGGGCUCGCUGCCGCGGAGCGCAUUGUAAUGUCUCUCCUGGAUAAGGCUGGCAAGGCCGAGAGCGCCUUCCGGGCCACCCUCAUCAUCAGCGGCAUCGACAGCCCCAGCCUCCGCCGCCCGGCUGCCCAGGCAACGCUCGCGCGGCUGGCCGCCCACCGCAGCAUCAGCCUGCUAUGCGCAGCCGACACGCCCGGGUUCCCGCUGCUGUGGGACGGCGCCGCGCGCAGCCAGCAGAACUUUGUGUUCCACGACGCGACGACGUUCCGGCCGCUGGCAGGGCUCGACACGGUGGACGAGGUGCACGCGUUGCUAGGGCGGCGCGUGCGGCGCGUGGGCGGCAAGGACGGCGCAGCGUUUGUGUUACGGAGUCUACCGGAGAAUGCGCGGACGCUGUUCCAGCUGCUGGUGGGCGAGGUGCUGGCGGCCGACGAGGGGCAAAGGGGCGGUGGUGGUGGCGCCGGCGGCUUCGGCUAUGACGACGAGGACGACGAAUACGGUGACAACGACGGAGGUGACCACGACGACGGAGCCGGCGAGUCGGUAGCGCUUGAGUACCGCAUGCUGUACAACAAGGCGGUCGAAGAAUUCAUCUGUAGUUCCGAGAUGGCCUUCCGGACGCUGCUGAAGGAAUUCCACGACCAUCAAAUGGUGUUGAGCCGAAAAGAUGCAUUUGGUACAGAAAUGCUAAGCCUACCAUUCCGGCGCGACGAGCUAGAGGCGCUUUUGGAAGACCUUGCCUCGUGA